AUGUCGAGCAACGGGAGGAAUAUGCAGGCCCUUGUUCCGAUUUUCAAAGGAGAGAAGUAUCAUCUGUGGAGUCUCAAAAUGAAGAUGAUGUUCCGGUCGCAGGAGCUAUGGGAUUUGGUGGAGACUGGUUUUGAAGAUCCGAAUCCGGAGAAACCCGAUCAACCUCUACAGGAGAAACGUAAGAAAGAUGCAAAGGCUUUGUUCUUCAUCCAAUCGGCACUGGAUGAAGAUAUUUUGUCCAGAAUUUCGGCAGUUAACACAGCUCAUGAAGCAUGGGAGAUCUUGAAGCAAGAGUACAUGGGAGCUCAGAAGGUUAUCACUGUGAAGUUAGAAACUUUGCGUCAAAAGUUUGAAACUCUUUCUAUAAAGGAGAAGGAAUCUAUUCAAGAGUAUUUGGCUAGAGUUUCUGCAAUUGUGAAUCAAAUGAAGUCUUAUGGUGAAUUUCUUAGCAACGAGAGCAUUGUGAGCAAGGUUUUGAGGAGUUUAUCACCAAGGUUUGAGUAUAUUGUUCCUGCAAUUAUUGAGGCUAAUGAUCUGAGCACUUACACGUUUGAUGAGAUGAUGAGUUCCUUGAUAGCUCAUGAAGAUCGGAUUAGCAAGAGUUCUGAAAAGGCAGAAGAGAAAGCUUUUCAAGUGAAAGGGAAUUUUUCAGAGAAUGGAAGAUCAGAGAGUUAUGGAAGCCAUGGCAGAGGCAGAGGUGGAUUUAAUGGUCGUGGUCGUGGUUAUGGUAGAGGAAGAGGUUUCUCUAAUGACCAGAAUCAGUACCGAGGUUCUUAUGGAGAUGAAAACCAACACAAUGGUGGAUUUAAGGAUCAAAAUCAGUUCAGGAACAGUAUUCAGUGUAGAUAUUGCAAGAAGAAUGGUCACAAAGAAGCAGAUUUCUGGUCCAAGCAGAGAAAUGAGCGAUGUUUCCGCUUGAUGUGA